CCGCCCCCUCCCUUCGUCGCGCAUGCGCCCUGAGACCUCGCGAGGAGCCCGGCUUCUGAGGCCAUGAGGGAGAAGCGAGGCCGCGCGGGCGUGGGGAAGGCCUCCGGCCCAGGCCUCUACGCGGCCGCCGCCUCGGUGUUAUCGGGCCUGGAGCAGCGCUCGGGCUCCCUCAAGGCCCUUGUCUACGGGAGCCGCUUCCCGGGGCCUCGCCUGCUCCUGGCGCUGGUCUCGGAGACGCUCCGCUUCGGACCGGUGCUGGAGGCCCUGCUGGAGGCGUCGGGCCUGCUCCGCGCGGAGAAGAAGCUCCCGCCUCACCUGGCGAAGGUCCUCGCGUACGACCUGCUCUUCGGGAAAGGGCUGCGCGGGGGCGGGCCGUGGAAGGCCCCGCUGCUCAAGCACCGCGCCCGCCUCCAGGCCGAGCUGGCCCGCCUCAAGGUCCGCCGAGGGGUGAGCCGCGACGAGGACCUCCUGCCGCCCCCUGCAGGCGGAGGCGGGAACGGCACACUGCCGCGCUAUGUGCGUGUCAACACGAUCAAGACACGCUUCGAUGACGCAGUGGACUACUUCAAGCGCCAGGGCUUUGUUUACCAAGGAAGGGCCUCUCCCGAGAUGAAGGGGGUUGCCUCCUUGUCUGGGAAGACCUUCCUUUUGGACCCUCACCUUCCUGGAGUGCUCAUUUUCCCCCCAGGAACGGAUUUACACGAGGACCAGCUCUACAAAGCUGGGCAUGUCAUCCUCCAAGACAAGGCCAGCUGCCUGCCGGCGUUCCUUCUCAACCCAACACCUGGAUCGCACGUCCUCGACGCCUGUGCCGCCCCCGGCAACAAGACCAGCCACUUGGCUGCCAUCAUGGGCAACAAGGGACGCAUCUUUGCCUUUGACCUCGAUGCCAAGCGCCUGGCCACUAUGAGCACCAUGUUGGCCAGAGCUGGGGUCACCUGCCAUAACCUGGCGCACCAGGACUUCCUGGCAACCGAUCCCGGAGAUCCCAAAUACAGCCACGUAGAAUACAUCCUCCUGGAUCCGUCCUGCAGCGGGUCUGGCAUUGUGGGGCGCCUGCCGUAUGAAGAGGAGGAAAGGACGGAUGCCCAACGGUUACAGGCCCUGGCCGGGUUCCAGCGCAGGAUGCUUGGGCAUGCCUUGAAGUUCCCGGCCCUGCGCCGUUUGGUGUAUUCCACCUGCUCCUUGCACCAGGAGGAGAACGAGGAGGUUGUGCGCGACGUCCUGGAGCAGCACGGAAGAGAUUUCCGGCUGGUGGAAGCCCUCCCAUCUUGGACCCCCCGGGGCCUUGGGGUCUUUGCAGAGGCCAAGUGCUGCCUCCGAGCAUCGCCCAAAGAAACGCUGACCAACGGAUUCUUUGUGGCGGUGAUGGAAAGGCGACAGGCGGAAACCGAGGACCAGAGCUCCCUGACAGUGCUCCCUGAAACUGGGAGCCAAGGAGGAGCUGACAAACCCAGCAAGAAGAAAAAGAAGAAACAGAAGCUCUGCUGAGCAAGCGAUAUCUCUGUGUUUGUUGAUGAACUGCUACUCUAGCCAUUCCUACUCCUGGUAGGACUUGGGAGUCAGUAAUAUCUGGAAGACCUCAUGUUCCCAAUACUUCCAACUACCACAGAAAGACUAUGGGGCUAUUUACACUAUGCAAUUAUGAGAUAGGGUAAAAAAAGCUUUGCGUCCUUUGUCAUAAAAAUGUUAUGAAUGAACUUAUAACAGCAGAAAUUGCUGCAUAUCAUAGCCUGAACUAUCCUCUCGACACAAAACUACCAUUCAACAUAGUCAUAGGAUAGUUCAGGCUAUGAUCUGUAGCAACUUCUGCUGUUAUAUGUUCAUUCAUAACGUUUUUAUGACACAGGAGACCAAACUUUUUUACCCACCCUUGUAUAAUUUUCGUAUUGCACUUUAGCUGCCAUAGAAUCAUGGCUCCUACAUCCUGUGGAACCCUAGGACUUAAAGUUUCUCUUGAUGCCACUCCCUAAACUUCCAAUCCCAGGGUUCCAUAGGAUGGAUGGCAGACAAAGAGAAAUAAAAACACCAUAAUGGUGCGAUUAUAGGAAUUUGCAGUAGAGCUAAACAUCAGGGGUAUGGGUGUAAUGCAUAGCUUUUCCAUCUAAACAUUAGGAAGGACUUCCUGAUGGCAAGCCAUCAGCAGUGGGAUAUGCUGCCUUGAAGCGUAGUGGAUUUGUACUGGAAAUUGUUGUGCAAAUGAUCUGGAAGGCACAAGGCUGGCUUUGAAUCCUUACUAAUUUCAAUUACAAGAUGGCUCACCAUGAAGGGUGUUUUUGCCUCAUUGUCAAAGAUCCUCACCUGGUAACUUAAAAAAAAAUGAUCACUUCCAUUCCUCUGUCCCUUAAAAGAAAGAAGAAUUGAAAGAAAAAAUGAACUGAUCUUGGUUUUGUAGCUCCUGUAAAGUGGAAUGAUUAUUCAUUUGAAACUCACACGAUCCCUUACCAUGGGUUAUUACCAAAGAUGAAUAGCCUGCAUUUUUCUGCCGAUAAGAAACUUCCAGUGUGCCCCAUAGAUGACAGUGCCUUUUGCUAUUAGCAGCCAUUUAUGCAGGCUAUGUUAUUUAAGUUGUAAGGUUGGGAUUUGUAUAUUUUAUAUUGUUAUAGUGGUUAUGUAAAUUAAACAAAAAGGAAAAACCAUA